GGGGCCAGUAGGGCCCCCAGCAGCUGCUUGACUGUCUGGACCCCAUCCUGCCCAGCCAUGGCAGGCGCUGAGGGCUUCCAAUACCGCGCACUGUACCCGUUCCGCCGAGAGCGGCCCGAGGAUCUGGAGCUGCUGCCAGGGGAUGUGCUGGUGGUGAGCCGGGCGGCCCUGCAGGCACUGGGCGUGGCUGAGGGCGGCGAGCGCUGCCCACAGAACGUGGGCUGGAUGCCCGGUGUCAAUGAGCGCACACGGCAGCGCGGUGACUUCCCUGGCACCUACGUCGAGUUCCUGGGGCCUGUGACCCUGGCUCGGCCUGGCCCCCGCCCACGUGGCCCCCGCCCACUACCUGCCCGGCCCCGAGAUGGGCCCUCCGAGUCAGGCCUCACACUCCCUGACCUGCCUGAGCAGUUCUCCCCUCCCGACGUGGCACCCCCCAUUCUGGUGAAGCUCGUGGAGGCCAUUGAGCGGACAGGGCUGGACAGUGACUCCCUCUACAGGCCGGAGCUGCCUGCCCCGCGCACAGACUGGUCCUUGAGCGAUGUGGAGCAGUGGGACGCGGUGGCUCUGUCGGACGGCGUCAAGGGCUUCCUGCUGGCACUCCCGGCACCCCUGGUGACGCCCGAAGUCGCGGCCGAGGCGCUCCGGGCCCUGCGGGAAGGCGCGGGGCCCGUGGGCCCGGCGCUGGAGCCACCGACGCUGCCGCUGCAUCGCGCGCUCACACUGCGCUUCCUGUUCCAACACCUGGGUCGUGUAGUCAGGCGCGCCCCAGCCCUAGGUCCCGCCGUCCGCGCCCUGGCCGCUGUCUUCGGGCCGCUGCUGCUCCUGCACGCGCCGCCGCCGCCUUCGCCGCCACCAGGGGGUGCACCAGACGGGAUUGAGCCCAACCCAAGCCCAGACUUCCCUGUGAGGCUGGUGGAGAAGUUGCUUCAGGAAUACCUGGAGGAGCAAGAGGUCGUUCCCCCAGCACUGCCGCCUAAACCUCCCAAGGCAAAGCCGGCCCCCGGGGGCCUGGCCAAUGGGGGCAGCCCACCCUCCCUGCAGGAUGCUGAAUGGUACUGGGGGGACAUCUCCAGGGAGGAGGUGAACGAGAAACUCCGAGACACACCUGACGGUACUUUCCUGGUCCGAGAUGCAUCAAGCAAGAUCCAGGGAGAGUACACGCUGACACUCAGGAAAGGCGGCAACAACAAGCUGAUCAAGGUGUUCCACCGUGAUGGCCACUAUGGCUUCUCGGAGCCGCUCACCUUCUGCUCCGUGGUGGACCUCAUCACCCACUACCGCCAUGAGUCACUGGCCCAGUACAAUGCCAAGCUGGACACGCGGCUGCUGUACCCCGUGUCCAAGUACCAGCAGGACCAGAUUGUCAAGGAGGACAGCGUGGAGGCGGUGGGCGCCCAGCUCAAGGUCUACCACCAGCAGUACCAGGACAAGAGCCGCGAGUAUGACCAGCUGUAUGAGGAGUACACACGUACCUCUCAGGAGCUACAAAUGAAGCGCACCGCAAUCGAGGCCUUCAACGAAACCAUUAAGAUCUUUGAGGAGCAGGGCCAGACGCAAGAGAAAUGCAGCAAGGAAUAUCUGGAGCGAUUUCGGCGUGAGGGCAACGAGAAGGAGAUGCAGAGGAUCCUGCUGAACUCAGAGCGGCUCAAGUCCCGCAUUGCUGAGAUCCAUGAGAGCCGCACGAAGCUGGAGCAGGAGCUGCGGGCGCAGGCCUCAGACAACCGGGAGAUCGAUAAGCGUAUGAACAGCCUCAAACCUGACCUCAUGCAGCUGCGCAAGAUCCGAGACCAGUACCUUGUGUGGCUCACCCAAAAAGGUGCCCGGCAAAAGAAAAUCAACGAGUGGUUGGGGAUCAAAAAUGAGACUGAAGACCAGUAUUCCCUGAUGGAGGACGAGGACGACCUUCCACACCAUGAGGAACGGACGUGGUAUGUGGGCAAGAUCAACCGCACACAGGCCGAGGAGAUGCUGAGCGGCAAGCGGGACGGCACCUUCCUCAUCCGUGAGAGCAGCCAGCGGGGCUGUUACGCCUGCUCUGUGGUGGUAGACGGCGACACCAAGCACUGUGUCAUCUACCGCACAGCCACUGGCUUUGGCUUUGCAGAGCCCUACAACCUGUACGGGUCACUCAAGGAGCUGGUGUUGCACUACCAGCACGCCUCACUGGUGCAGCACAAUGAUGCCCUCGCUGUCACACUGGCCCACCCUGUGCGUGCCCCAGGGCCUGGGCCCCCACCUGCCGCCCGCUGACCACCCUGUGCCCAGCACCCACCGAGCUGAGCUGCCACAAGCCACCUGUGCACAGAGGCUGGGAUGGAGCCAUGGACCCGCACAGCUGUGGCUCUGGCUUCCCUCUCUGCCUCUUCUCCCUGGUGUUCUCAGUUUGACGGCCUUCUCUUCGUCUCUCUCUGAGUUUCUUUCUCUUUCUCUGUUUGUCUCAGUCUGUCUGUCUCUGUCUCUCUGAGCCUCUAUUUCUUCUCUCUUCGUCUCUCUAUCACUCUUUAUCUCUGUCUUUGUCUCAGUAUCUUCUCUCUGUCUGUCCUUCGUCUUCCUCUUUCUUUUUCCUCUUUCUCUUUCUUCCUGAAUCUCUCUCUCUCUCUUUCCCUACCUGUCUUUGUCUGUCUUUUUCAUCCCUUUCUGGUAUCUGUCUUUGUCUCUGUCUCUCUCUUACUCAGUCUUUCCAUACCUCUUUUUCUCUGAGUCUCUCUCUCCAUCUCUUUGGGGUUCCUCUGCCCCUACUCAUCCCCCCCAUGGGCACUGCCCUCCCAUGCCUCUGGCCAUCCGGCCCCAUGCGCUGCCUGUUGCAGGCCCCUGGGGUCCCUGAAACCCCUCCUGGCCGCGCCUGCCCUGUUUACAGAGGCCCCUGGGCUGCGUGGCCCCAGCCGGGCACCCUGAUUUUUAAGCCAUAGACCCAGGGCCCGGGCAAGAAGGAACCUUGCUAGGCCAUUUCCAAGAGCCUCUGCUGUGACAUUUGGGGCCGGGCGGGACCCGCCCCAGGUACCCCAACUUCCCCUCCAAACCUGAAGUGAAACCUGCCACCAGGUUCUCCCCCACGAGAGGACCUCUACCAAGAAAUCCCACCUCCAUCCCCACCCUGAAAAUCAUUAAAAAUAACUGGGGCGCCAGCCCCAGCUGGCCUGGUCACAGGAAUGGAGGCCUCCCUGCCGCCAGACGUGGUUGCGACACUGCCCACAGCGCCUCCACUGGAGCCGACUCAGGCCUGCUUCUUUUAUCAUGUUGUGAUUUGAUUUUACUUUUCCCUGGCGGUCAAGCCAUCUCUUCUUUCCUCUUCUGGGACGAGCAUCUUGAUUUUUAUGCUGCCGGCCCAGGUGCAUUUUGUACGGUACGUUGGCGUCACAAUGAAUAAACCCCAGAACUGUUGGAUCAUGUU